AUGACCUCCCCAGCCUACGAGACCCCCGAAACCCUCCGCAUCGUAACCCUCAACUGCUGGGGUCUAAAAUACAUCGCCAAAUACCGCAACGAGCGCCUCACUGAGAUUGGCAAUCAGCUCGCGCGCAGCGAUCCCGCGCCCGACAUCGUCGGCCUGCAAGAGUGCUGGACGCAGCAGGACUACCUCGUCAUCCGCGAAAGGACGCGGCACAUUCUCCCCUACGGGAAGUUCUACUAUAGCGGCAUCUUCGGCGGUGGGCUGGCCAUACUGUCGCGCUGGCCGAUUGAGGAGAGUUCCAUGUACCGGUACCCGCUUAACGGGCGGCCAUCAGCCUUCUUUCGCGGGGACUGGUUCGUGGGGAAGGGGGUUGCGAGCGCGAGGAUACGGUAUGGGAGUGGGCGGAAAGAUGUCGCGGAGGUGUUUUGCACGCACCUCCACGCCCCCUACGAGCGCGAACCGCACGACUCCUACCUCUGCCACCGCACCGCGCAAGCCUGGGAGAUGGCGAAACUCCUCCGGCACGCCUCUGAACGGGGGCACCUUGUCAUCUCCCUCGGCGACUUUAACAUGGUGCCCCUCUCGCUUGCGCACCGCAUCAUCGAGACGCAUUCGCCUGUCCGCGACGUUUGGCGGCUGCUGCAGCCGGACUCGUCGCUCGGCGCUGCGAGCCACCCCGCUGAGAGGAGGAGGGGGAAGAAGGUGCCGACUGCGGAGGAGAACCUGGAGGUCAAUGGCGCGACUUGCGAUAGUUGUUUGAACACUUGGAGGUGGGACAAGGCGCUUAGGAAGAGGUUGAAUAAAGGGGAAGAUAUUGUUGUUGGGCUGGACACCGAGGACCCGAAGGCGAAGAGGCUUGACUACAUCUUCGUUUCCUGCGGGGAGAGGAUGGCGGAGUGGACAGUCGAAAGCGCAAACGUGGGCAUGACAGGACGACACUCAACGCUCAAGUGCUCAUUAAGCGACCACUUCUCCGUCGAGACAACUCUCCGACGACGCCAUCACCAUCUUUUAUCCGCCGCCACCACCACACCAGCCGCCUCUCCUCCCUCCCUCACAGCCACCCACACCCCCCGCCUCCCCGUCUCCGUCUACGACGAGAUCCUCCUCCUAAUCGCCGCCUACAACGUGCGUGAAGUGCGGCAGCGCAAGCUCCGCCUCGGGCACUUCAUCGCACAGGUCACGCUAGCGAUCGGCUGCCUGGUGGGCAUCUGGUGGGUUCCACGCAACUAUGGCGCGUUUCUGCUGGCGCUGUGGAGCACGCUGGGCCUGAGCGCGGGGGUUAUUGAUGGCUUGAUGGGCGGCUUGUUUGUGGGGAGCGAGCUUAGGGCGCUGUGGGAGUUUGAGUGGGAGGUUAGGGCUGCGAGGGAGGCGGCGGUGGGGCUGGAAGCGGAGGCGGUGGUGGUGGGGAAGUUUGAGGAAUGA